UUUGUUUGUUUGUUCUUCUUUCUUUCUUUCACUGUUUUGGUUACAUUGCGUACUUUGACAGGGUAAAUUGGAACCGGGAAUAGCUGAUUGUAGAAGAAGGAGAGGGGAAGGGAUGGGAAGAGGAAGGGUGGAGCUGAAGAGAAUAGAAAACAAAAUAAAUCGGCAGGUAACGUUCGCAAAGAGGAGAAAUGGACUCCUAAAGAAAGCCUAUGAACUUUCCGUACUCUGUGACGCUGAACUUGCUCUCAUCAUCUUCUCUAAUCGCGGAAAGCUCUAUGAAUUUUCCAGCACCUCCAACAUCCUCAAAACACUUGAAAGAUAUGAGCAAUGCAGUUAUGUUACUCCGGAAGUUAACAAUGCUGCUAAGGAGAUUGAGCAAAGUAGCUAUAAAGAGUAUCUAAAAUUGAAAGGAAGAUACGAGACAUUACAACAUCAUCAAAGACACCUUCUUGGAGAAGAUCUUGGUCCACUUAAUGUUAAGGAUCUUGAACAUCUUGAGCUUCAACUAGACUCAUCACUGAAACUGAUAAGAUCAACAAAGACUCAGUAUAUGGUUGAUCAGCUUUCUGAUCUUCAGACAAAGGAGAAAAUGUGGGUUGAUGCUAACAGGGCUUUGGAAAGGAAGGUAAUUAAAAAUCAUCUUCUCAGUAGUAUACAUAGAAUUAAUUAGAAAUGGUUAUAAUAAUUAAUAAUAAAUUUGCAGCUGGAUGAGAUUUACAAAGACAAUCAGCUUCAGCAGGCAUGGGCAGCAGGUGCUGAACAAAACAAUUCAUACGGUCAUCAUCAAACUCAAGGGUUCAGCUUCCAGCCACUAGACUGUAAUCCCAAUUUGCAAAUUGGGUAUGAUCAUCCUGCUGCUGGUGGUAGUGCUGGGAAUCAGAUGAAUGUUGGUGGUGGUGCAACUCAUGAACAAAACGUCAAUGGUCUUAUUCCAGGUUGGAUGCUCUGACCAUGAUCAUUUGUGUUGUUUUGAAGGAUUAAGCAUUGAAUUAAUG